AUGGUGACAGAGACCAUGAUGAAGCUGAGGAAUGAGCUGAAGGCUCUGAAGGAGGACGCUGCCACCUUCUCCUCUCUCAGGGCCAUGUUUGCCACCAGGUGAGGGGGCAUUCUGGGAUCUCAUGGAGCCAAUUACAACACAGAUGUGUAAGACUGUGCAAAGACGAUGAGUUUGACCUCUGGUUAAAUCUCACUGUUUGAGAUGGUUGCAGACGUUGCGCAGUGUAUUUCCCGGCUUAGACAAGGGUGUUUCUUAGUUUUUUGACUUAGUUUUGUGUCCCCCCCCCCCCCUCUUUCUCUCUCUCUCACUCUCUCUCUCUCUCUCUCUCUCGCUCUCUCGCUCUCUCUCUUUCUCUCCUAGGUGUGAUGAGUAUGUGACUCAGCUGGAUGAGAUGCAGAGGCAGCUGGCUGCGGCGGAGGAUGAGAAGAAGACCCUGAACUCCCUGCUCCGGAUGGCCAUCCAACAGAAGCUGGCGCUGACCCAACGCCUGGAGGACCUGGAGUUUGACCACGAGCAGACCCGGGACCGCGGCCGUGGCGCCAAGGUGCCCAAGAUCAAGAGCAGCCCGCCCAAAGUAAGUCGACGAGCCGCCCUCACAGCUCCCCCCAGCCCCACCAUCAUACACAGCCCUUUUUCCACCAGCUCCCACCCCUUCAACACCUCCCUGACCCUCUGCAGCCCUCCCUCCCUGGAGCUACCCCAGUCCUCCAACCCCUGGUCGGCCUCAGACGAAGGCUCUUCCCAGACCUCAUCCCUGGUUUCCUCCCUGCCUCCCCUGGGUCACCCCCAGUGGUCCCUGGGCACUCAGACCUUCAUCAUUGACCCAGAGUCGCUGAGUUUAGAGUUCUGUCGACUCGUUAACAGUCAAGACUCCAGUCCUCACUCUCCUAGCUCCGCCCCCGUGUCUCCUUACCGCUCACCCAUUCCCAAGACUUGGCAACACUUGUUGCCGGGGUCAGUGAGAACUCGUACCCAAAAAGACGCACCUCGCCCCUCUGCUCUGGUCACAUCUCCCAGCAACACAGUCCCUCGCGCCUACAGUUCCCAGAUGCCCUAG